AUGACUCCGGCAGAAAAAUCCGACAAACCUUAUUACCCAUCUGAUAGACCUGGCAGCUUCAUUUCCCGACAUAUACGUCUCAAAAGCGACGUUUCCAGCCCAAGAACACCCGAUUUAUCAUCCGUCGCCGAAGUUCAACAACCCAUUAUAGACGAUUUUGUCGCCGAAAAUUUCGAUGAAUUGGUUCAAGAUCAUAACAUUGAACAAGUAACCGAAGAAAUCGAUCGAUUCACCGAUACUCUGUCCGCCGUCGAUGAUAAAACAAAUCCACCUGAUGUUCCCGAUACCGUCGAUACGUUUUCCAAAAUCGUCGAAGCCCGAAUAGCUAAAUAUUACUCGGGUGACAAUCAUUCACGAUUUGGUAAAAUGACAGAAGAAGAUUCAUUCUUUCUUCAAGCUGUUAAUCGGAUUUCGAAACUUACCGACGCUUUUAGUGAUUUCCCUUCUGCUUCCGCCACUACGACGUCGCUUAAUCGAACAAGCAUGGCGCUUCAACGAGCAAUGUCGUUUUUAGAAGAGGAACUUCGUGAUCUUCUUGAAGGUUCUAGGAGCAAGAGGUUUUCGUCUCCGGUCGAGAAUAAUAUUAAAUCCACUAGUACUCUUUCCUCGUCGAAAAACUUACUGUCGAUUAAUUCUCGACAUGACACUUCGUUCACGGAUCUGACGAUAAACGAGGACGCCGAGGAAGAAGUAUUUCCCGGGUAUUCGAAUGAUGUCGUGACGAAGAUGACGAGGAUUGUUUCGACGAUGAUAUCAGCUGGAUAUGAGAGCGAAUGUUGUCAAGUUUAUAGUAUUUCGCGACGGAACGCGUUUGAAGAAGUGUUGAGAAGUUUGGAAAUUGAGAAGAUGAGUAUUGAUGAUGUUCAAAAAAUGCAAUGGGAUACGUUGGAAAUUGAGAUUGGAAAAUGGAUUAAGGCGGUUAAACAAUGCGCAACCGUGUUGUUUCCGGGAGAACGUAAGCUAAGCGAGUCGGUUUUCCCCGAUCACCCGACAAUCUCCGAUAGCUUAUUCGGAAACCUAGCACGAGCCGUCAUCAUACAACUUCUCAACUUCGCGGAUGCGGUUGCCCUCACGAAACGAUCUGCGGAAAAGCUCUUCAAAUUCCUCGAUAUGUACGAGACCCUCCGCGAACUCACCGCUGUCGUCGAAGGCAGCGGAAGUAGUAGUGAGGCAAAGGUAGAGAUAACGGCAGCCGGAGACCGGUUAGGAGAGGCGGCGGUUUGCAUAUUCGGGGAUCUCGAGAGCUCAAUCAAGGGCGAUUUAGCAAGAACACCAUUGCCAGGCGGAGCGGUACAUCCCUUGACUCGUUAUGUGAUGAACUAUUUAAAAUACACAUGCGAAUACAAGGAAACACUCAACCACGUAUUCCUCUCAAAGGAGCAAUCGAAAUUGAGUCCUUUCGCGUUUCAAUUGAUGACGAUAGUAGAGCUUCUCGACGAAAGCCUAGACGGGAAAUCAAAGCUAUACAAAGAUACAUCGCUCCGAUUCGUGUUCUUGAUGAACAACGGGAGAUAUAUACUUCAAAAAAUAAAAGGAUCAACGGAGAUACUCGAGGUGAUGGGAGACACAUGGUAUAGAACGAGAUCAACAAUCGUGAGACAAUAUCAUAAGAAUUAUCAAAGAGAGACAUGGGGGAAACUUUUGCAAUGUUUGAGUCAAGAAGGAUUGUUGCAAGGAGGGAAUGGGAAAGUGCAAAAACAAGUGUUGAAGGAUCGGUUUAAGAGUUUUAACACUAUGAUGGAAGAGAUACAUAGGACUCAAAGCGGGUGGGUGGUGAAUGAGGAACAAUUGAAAUCGGAAUUGAGGGUCUCGAUUACGGCGGUUGUGAUUCCAGCUUAUCGGGCUUUCUUCGGGAGGUUUAAACAUUAUUUGGAGUCUAGUAGGCAAGCAGAUAAGUUCAUUAAGUAUCAGCCAGAAGAUAUUGAGAGUAUGAUUGAGGAUUUGUUUGAAGGUAAUGCUGUUUCAAUGGCUAGGAGGAGAACAUAAACCAAACAAACAUUUUCAUUUCGAUUGUCUAUUUUUC